AUGGGCAACGGUCAAAGUGUCUCUAUCCGCGACUGUCUCGAUGCCUGGGCGAAGCCGUUCAAUCUCGAGUUCCCGGUGAUUCCAGCUGCUAUCAUCCGUCCUCAGAAUGUCAUUGAAGUUUCUGAGACUGUCAAGUGCGCCAAACAGAGUGGUCUCAAAGUGCAGGCAAAGUCUGGAGGUCAUUCCUAUGGCAACCACGGUCUUGGUGGUGACAACGGCGCCGUGUCCAUCGACCUAGUCAACCUCAAGGACUUUGAGAUGGACAACGAAACUUGGUACGCAUCAUUUGGGGCAGGCACCAACCUUGGCGAAUUGGACAAGAACCUUCAUACAUUCGGAAGACGAGCCAUUGCCCAUGGAACUUGUCCUAGUGUUGGCACCGGUGGCCAUUUGACAGUAGUAAGUAUCCUUGAGCACGCUUCCGACUAUCACUUACAACUCAAGGGCGGCCUUGGGCCGAUAUCUCGAAUGUGGGGAAGUGCCCUCGAUCACAUCGUGGAAAUGGAGGUCGUGACAGCAGAUGGCACGAUCUAUCUUGCCAGUCAAGACAGAACACCUGAUCUCUUUUGGGCGAUGCGUGGUGCGGGAGCAAGCUUCGGUAUCGUGACCAGAUUCGUGGUCAAGACUCGCCCGGAGCCCGGCAACGUUGUCCAAUACAGCUACAGCCUUACUCUUAACUCGCAAAACGAAACGGCCGACUUAUACAAGGAAUGGCAGGCAUUGGUUGGAGAUCCAACUAUGGACCGACGUUUCACAAGUCUCUUCAUCGUUCAACCUCUAGGGGCCCUCAUUACAGGAACUUUCUUCGGUUCAGAGGCUGAAUACCAGGCAUCAGGAAUCCCUGCUCGCCUUCCUGGUGCCAGCAAGGGUGCAGUGUGGCUUACAAACUGGAUGGGUCAUUUGCUUCAUGAGGCUGAAGCCGCUGGUUGCACCUUAGGCAGCAUUCCCACGGCAUUCUACUCAAAGUCAUUAUCGCUCAAUGAACAAGACCUCCUAAAUGACACGGCAAUCACGGACUUGUUUCAAUACCUUGAGGAUUCUCGCAGCAAAUCGACACCAUUCACGAUCAUCUUCAAUACCGAAGGCGGCGCCAUGAUGGAUACACCUGUCAAUGCAACAGCAUACCCACACCGGGAAAGUGUUAUCAUGUAUCAAUCCUACGGCAUCGGAGUGGGUAAAGUAUCGGCAGCGACUCGGAAGCUCUUGGACGGGAUUCACGAGCGGAUCCAACGGUCGGCUCCGGGCGCGCGCUCCACUUACGCCGGAUACGUCGAUGCAUGGCUCGACCGAAAGGCGGCGCAGGAGCUCUACUGGGCGGACAACCUUCCGCGGCUUCAAGAUAUAAAGAAGAAGUGGGAUCCGGACCAGGUGUUCAGAAAUCCGCAGAGCGUUGAGCCGGCUGACUAG